AUGAGUGUUCCUUCACCGGUGAUUAUUUGGUGUGAUGUCAGUUUCGAAACUGACGGUAGUUAUCAAUCAAUGAAAGAUGAAUUCAAUGAAAUAACUACUGGUACACCCAAGCAAGACCCAGACGCUAUGGACGUGUCUAUUUUGAACGAAGAGAUGAGAGAGUUCCAUUCAAACAAUGUUCCACUUGUGUUUGUUCGAACGAUUGACGAUGCUACAAAGAAAAUUAACGAGCAUAUCAAUGACAAAGUCUUUAUUAUUUGCUCAGGUACAAUCGGUCGUGCUCUCGUACCAAUUAUUGCUCAAAAACAUCUUACUGUGCAUGACAUUUACAUUUAUACACAUGACUUUGCAUUGCACGCAGAUUGGGCGAUGAUGUAUGUACAAAUGAUCAAGAUGUUUGAUUUUCAUACCAGUCUGUUAAUUCGACUCACACAUGACAUUUCUAAAUGGCACAUUGAACAAGGGAAAUCGUAUUUACAACUCAAUGAUUCGAUUUCUGCGUUAAAAUAUUUCCAACAGGCUCAUAAGCUGGAAACAGCAGCAAAUAAACGCGGGGAAACGGAUUGGAAUUUACCAGGAACAGCAACACGCCUUCAUCCAACUGCUUUUCUCACGUAUCUCAAACAGCUCGAAGGCGAACAUGGAUUGAUUGCACAAGCAGAAAACGCUAUACGUGCUCGAGGACUUCCAGUUCAAAACUCUUAA